UAAUUAUAAUGACAGUUUAGUUUGUUUAUGGACGUUUCGGAGAUGUAAACAAAACGCAUUAUUUUUGGUUUUUUAUUAUAAUUUGUGAGAAGAAAAAUGGAUAUUGACGUAGGAAAUGCAGAUUACGAAUUAGACAUCAAUCCUGAAACCCUUUGUUGUAUUUGUCUGAAUCAAGAUCAACCGUUGAGAAGUAUUUUCUAUAGAGAAAUAAUGGAUGGGAAAAUUGUAAACCUUCCCACAGCCAUUGAGAAUGUCCUGGACAUCAGAAUUGACCAAGAAGCGAAAUUUCCGGACAAGAUUUGUAUGAUGUGCAGGAAAAAGGUCCAGGAUUUCUUUGUAUUCAAAGAGAAAGCCAAAAACAAUCACAUUCUGUUGAAGAAACUAUUUUCCCAGGAAGCCCAUGAAAGUGGGAAAGAAGACCAAGAAAAGAUAAACAAGGAAAUUGAGAAGGAUGAAGAGGAGAUAAAGGACGAAGUACAAGAUAUCGAAUGUUUGGCAGAAUGCUCAGAAUGUGGCAUAGUAUUUGCCAAUGAUGAAGAAUACAGUGAGCACAAGAUGACAUGUGUUGUCUUCAUUCAGUGCUACUACUGCAAUGACAUAUUCCCAGAUGAGGCUGAAGUGAAGCAACAUAUUGAGGAAGUGCAUAGAGAAGAACUUCCGGAAGAUACAGAUGUUGAGGUGAUAAAGAUUCAGGAGGAGCAGAAUGUGAAAGAAAGAAUUGAAAAUGAGGAGGAAGAAUUGACGGAAUUGACUGAAUCAGGAGAGAACCAAAAAAUGAUUCCGAGCAAUCAGAAAUGGGAUUGUUCCCUCUGUCUUCUGAAAUUUACAGAUUCUGAUCAAUUUGAAAGUCACGAGUCCUUCCACAGAAACACUUUUCCCCAAGUCAUUUCCAACAUAAUUAUGUACAAGUGCGCAAGUUGCUGCACAGUCUUCCUGGAUAUCAAUCAAUUGCGAGAUCACAUGGAAGUCAAUGAUUGUUUAAAAAAUCAGAUUAUUUUCGAGAACAUUCUGUUCAUAGAUACAAAAUACUUAAAUCAAAAUUAUGAGGAGGAUUUAGAUGGUGGAAUUCUAAAGAAGAUCUUCUCUGUAGAAAUGCAGGUGGAUUCUUCAUUGAAAUGUGAAUACUGUGAAUCGUCCUUUCUGGACUUGGCGUCAGCUUUGCAGCAUUGGAAGGAUGAACAUGAUGAGAGUGCUGAAAAUGAUGAGAAAUUCCAUCAAUGCGGAAUAUGUUUGGAUUUCUUCAAUAAUCAGAGAUCUGUACGACAACAUCUCUAUUUGGAUCACUGCAAGAGUUUCGAUUGCUGCAUUUCUAACUGCGACAAGAGCUAUCAGACUUCAAGUAAAUUAUUCCAGCAUCAGCUGCGCUGCCAUAGUCAAAAUCAUGAACACCACUGUUCCCAUUGCUUCGAAAUUAUCCCCAGCCAUUUAAGUCUGACGUAUCAUCUGAGAAAUGAGUGUUCAGGCCGGAAGUAUAAAUGCUCAAUUUGCCCCAAAAUGUUCAUAACGCAAAUGGGAAAGAAGCAGCAUGAGAUGAUUCAUCAGGAAUUGAAGAAGCAUAAGUGUGAUCAAUGUGAUAAAAGUUUUAUCUCCCGCAUCGAAUUGAUCAUCCACAAUAGACUCCAUACAGGAGAGAAGCCCUAUUCGUGUUCACAGUGCUCCAAGAAAUUCCGCACUUUGAGCAAUAAGAAAGAUCACAUGUCCACUCAUAUUGUUGAAAAGAACUACAUGUGCUCCGUGUGCAAGAUGUUUUUCAAGUCUGAGAGAACCCUUAGGGGUCACAUGAUGAUCCAUAGGGACAAUAAGGCGCAUCAAUGUAGAAAUUGUGGGAAGUGUUUCAGGAGGAAACAGCAUCUCAAUUCCCAUAUGAAACUCCACUUAAAACAUGAUGAAAUAAAUUCUUGAAUAUACGUUAA